UUCUGUCUAUCUUUUUCCAACCUAAAGUAAUGUUUCCUCUAACAAAAAAACAAAAGUAGCCUUGUCCAAUGUCCUCCCACCCCUAUAUAUAUCAACUCUUUCUCUCUUGGUUUUCCUAUCUUAUACAUACAUAUAUAAACCCCUCUUUUUUCAUAUAUUCUUUCAUUCAUUCUCACUUCCCUAAAUAUUAUUAAUACAAAUAUGGCUCCUAUGGAAGAAAAUGUUGUUGUGUCCAAUUUGGAGCUGGAGAAGUUGUUUAGCAUGAAAGGAGGCAAAGGAGAGGCCAGCUAUGCCAACAAUUCCCAAGCACAGGCCAUACAUGCCAAAUCAAUGAUUCACUUUUUGAGAGAAACCCUAGAUAAAGUUAAGCUUGGUGGUGGUGGUGGUGGUGGUGGUGGUGGUGACAAGGCUUUUGUAGUUGCUGAUUUGGGGUGUUCAUGUGGAAGCAACACCAUUAAUGUGGUGAAUGUGAUCAUAAAUCACAUCAAUAAGCGUUAUGAGGCUUUAGGUUGCAACCCACCUGAAUUUUCAGCCUAUUUCUCUGAUCUUCCUAGCAAUGACUUCAACACUCUCUUUCAGCUCCUUCCUCCACUUGCCAAUGGUGUUAGCAUGGAAGAGUGUUUAGCUGCUGAUAACCAAAGGUCCUACUUUGUUGCCGGAGUUCCCGGUUCGUUUUAUCGGAGGCUUUUUCCGGCGAGGUCUGUUGAUGUUUUUCACUCUGCGUUUUCUUUGCAUUGGUUAUCUAAGAUACCAGAAUCAGUGUUGGACAAGAAGUCAAUUGCAUACAACAAAGGGAAGGUGUUUAUUCAUGGUGCUAAUGAGAGCACAGCCAAUGCCUACAAGAGACAGUUCAAAACAGAUUUGGCAAGCUUCUUGAGUGCAAGGUCAGUGGAAAUGAAGAGAGAGGGGUCCAUGUUCUUAGUUUGCUUAGGCAGAACUUCAGUGGACCCCACAGAACAAGGUGGUGCUGGAGUUCUUUUUGGGACCCACUUUCAGGAUGCUUGGGAUGACCUUGUACAAGAGGGACUAAUUAGCUCUACAAAAAGAGACAAUUUUAACAUUCCAGUUUAUGCACCAAGUAUGCAAGACUUCAAGGAGGUAGUUGAAGCAAAUGGUUCAUUUGUCAUAAACAAACUUGAGGUAUUCAAAGGAGGAAGUCCCCUUGUUUUGAACAAACCAGAUGAUGCUAAUGAAGUAGGUAGGGCUCUAGCCAACAGCUGCAGGACUGUGUGUGGAGUCCUUGUUGAUGCUCACAUUGGUGAUAACCUUAGUGAGGAGCUCUUCCUUAGAGUGGAGCGCCGAGCCACUAAUCGUGCCAAAGAGCUUCUAGAGAAACUACAGUUCUUUCACAUAGUCGCAUCCCUUUCUUUUAGUCAAUGAGAACAAGUCUCGAUCCAUCGUUCAUUGAUUUCUAAUACCAUAUGCCUAUUUAUAAUAUAUAAACAAUCGUUAGAAAUUGGACCAUUUUAUACAUUUCAUAGAAAAAAGACACUUGAAGACGACAAUGCAAAGACUUUUCUCUUGCCUCUCACUCUAUCAUGUUUAAUUUUGAAAGAGAAAAGAGAGGUUCGCAAUUUGUAGCAUCUUGUUUUUGGAUCUGAAUCCUCUACCGCUGCAGCUGUGGAGGAUCAAUAUCAUUUGUUUUUCCCUCUUUUGUGUAUUAUAUAUAUAUAUGGCUGAUUGUAAUUAUUUUCUACACAUAAUGUCCGUUUUGACUUGUUUUGUGUUC